AUGCAGUCAGACUCUCAAGUAGUUUGUUUGCACCAAACGGGCGAAGAAAGGCAAUAUGAAGCACAAUGCUUACCAGCAUCCAGACUAAUUCCGUAUCUCUAUCCACCGGCGAAUAUUACCUUGGCCACAGUGGUCAAGACAGCAUGGGCAAUCGUUGUUGGAGAAUUGUUUACUUCAACAACAAACUGCUUGGGUGUCGACUACCCCGAAUUGAGGGAUAUCAUCUUCGCACAAGCUGUCAACACUCGAGGAUUAGGAUUUAUGUGUGAAGACAGGAUGGUCAGAGCAUCCUUAAACGUAAUACCAGUCCGAGUUCGCUUCUCCCAGACGACGCCUUCUUUGGAUCUCCUACAUCAAGUCCAGCAGCAACACGUCGAUGCCGUGUUCGCGAAAAAUAUGGGCUUUGCUGAAAUUCGCAAGAACUGCACUCCGUGGUCUUCAGACACAGUGCUCACGAGCUACAUUCGUUAUCACAGCUUCUCAGCCACACCCGCCUGCUCUCUAGGCGGGGUUCCCAUGCAAACAAGAAUCGAUGCACCCAAUGAUCUACUCUUUGAAAUCCCCGAUAUUGUGGUGAAUAAGGUCGAAGAUGGGCUUUUGUUCGCAUGGACUUUGUGA